CCACUGGUGCGGUACGACUUGCUGUGAAGUCUUAAAAAAAUUGUGCUGGAACUUAAAAAAGUCUCUCGUACAUCAAUUUUCUUUUGUGCUUUCCUUGCGAUAAAAACUUGAAGUGAUUUGCAAUUUAAAAUCAAGUAUAACUAAAGAAAAUGGGACAAGUCAAGAAAGCCACCUCAGCGCUGAGCAAACUCUUCGUCUAUGGCGCCUUGAAAUAUGGCCAGCCCAGUAACUCGAUCUUGGCCAAUACUGGCAACGGUUAUGCCAACUUUUGGUGCCGCGCAACGACGACGCAGAAGCUGCCACUCGUCAUUGCCACGCGCUAUAACAUUCCGUUUUUGUUGAACAAACCCGGCGUUGGAUAUUAUGUAACCGGCGAGAUCUACGAGGUGGAUGAUCGCAUGCUCAACUCACUGGACAAUCUAGAGGAUUGCCAGGACAUUUACACGCGCGAGAAGCAGGACAUGAACAUUGGCGUUGGCGAGGGCACCGUUCCCUGCUGGGUCUAUCUGCUGCAGAAGUAUCCCGAGAAGCUGCUGUCCUUGCCAUAUUUGUCAGGCUACGAGAACAGCUCGACACAUCCUUAUAUUAUGCGCCAUCGCCGCACUCACAAGCAUCCUGCCCAGGAUGAUCUCAGCUAUACUGCCCAGAACUAAGUUAAACAAAAGUGUGUGCCCGAUAUUAGGGCGUGGCCAAUUAUUACUUUAACCGGUAGUUGCAUUUGUAGCAAGUAUAUAUACAAACAUAUAUGUAGCGACAUACAUAUGUUCAUACGUACAUAUAUUUAUAUACGACAUAUUUAUGUAUGACACAUUCAGACUUAAUGAUAUUGAUAUGUGCGCGCUUUAUAAGUUUUUUGUGUACAUAUUGAUAUGAUAAUAUAUAUAUAUUAUAGCGUAGUUGGUAAUUUUAUAAGUUUCGAGUAAAUAAAAGCAAUUUCAACAAAAA